UUGUUGACAGUUCGUAUCUUCUACGUAUGUAUGUAGUUAUGUGUCAAACCGUAAACUGUGACGUCACACAAUUUUCAAAGAGCGUUUUGGGCGCGAAAGCAUCUGUCAAAAUAUAUUUUGUUAAUUUAACAUAUUUAAAGCCGUUUUUAGUAUAAAAAAUGAAUUUUAGGGCAAAUUUUAGUUAUUGUAGAACAUAAUACAAGCGUUUCAAAAAAUUGGAAACAACCCUAUUAACAAGUAUCAAAUAUCAAACAUAUAUUCACCAAAUAGGCCACGUUCGCUACAAAGGCGCAAGGGCCUACUGCCGUUGAAAAACUACUUGCUAAUCGAGCGAUACAGGGCUAUAACUCACUCUAAUUACGUCUUAGUAAGAGUAAAAGAGAAAUAUCCUCGCAAUUUGCGAAUUUUGGUUUUCGCGUUAGGCCCCCAGGGUGUUAUUUUUUAUAAAGAAUGCCGUAAUUAAUUUGCGAACUUCAGUGUUUGCAGUAAACCUUCAGAUAACGAUCGUUUUUUGCAGUAGGCCCUCAAAUAACGGUCUCUCUCUGAGUUUAUUGAACGAAAAUUAUAUUCGAUAUUCGGAUUACAAGCUCUUGUCUGAUCGUGAAUGCGGGCUUUAUUAAUUAAUGGUUGGGCACUCAGUUGACUGUUAUGUAGUUUUGUUUAUGGUUUGAUUCAGUCAAUUCAUAGACAACUGGUCUGGUUACAUUUGCGAUUCAUGGAAGAUUUUGAUAUCGAAACAAAAAUCAAUUUAUUCGGUUAUAAAACUAUUUAUUAACAACCUGAGAUCAAAAUUGGAAUAAUCACAAGUUUGUUCAUGUAAAUAACCAAACAUUGUGUAUUGUGUCACGGUGUUAAUUAAACUAGACUUCAUGUCUAAUCUCGAUGUUCAAUGAAGUCGGACAUAAUAGUGAUACUUUGUUAUAGCCAUACGAAUUCACUCGAAGUCGUAUGUUUCUUUUGUGGUUAUUCUCCAUACGGGAUUCCACAAUGUUAUCGUCGUCGUUCCAUCACAGAUUUAAAAGAUAUUAUGGUGUAAGGGACAAUGUGUACUUCUAUUUUUGACAAGAAGUGGUGAACUCGUAUGCAGUGAUUGUUAUUUAUCAGCGUUUUGCAUAAGCAUACCAACCAUGGCGGUGAAGAAGCAUGAGCUGGUGCAAGACAAUCGCCAGCUUGACCUGAAUUCACUUAUGCAGUAUAUCAAGUUAAUGAACGAGCAGCCACAUUAUCUGCCGCCACCGUCUGAGCUUGUUAGGAAUUGCCAAGAUAUUGUGAAAUGUCUCUCUCGCACGACUGGCACCGACGAGCAGCUGUGGGAGCUGCUGCAGUCGAUCGAGGAGUUCCUCCACCGCGUGGUCAGCUCCGUGCACACCGGGGUCCGCCACGAGCUCAUCACUGCGGUCCUCGAUAAGUUUCACUCCUUCAUCUUCGACCCACAGUCAGACGCUUGCCCAGCGACGUCGAUCGUGCUCGUGGUGCUGGACGGGCUGAACGAUGAGGAGACGCUGUCCGCGGCGCGCUGGCUCGUGCAGCAGGCGGACCACUCGCCCGAGGCCGCCGGCCUGCGCGCCUCGCUCUCCUGCCUCUACCGCUGGAUGUACGAGUGGCACGGCACGCCUACGCUCGGCGAGUGGGUCAUGGCCUACAUCAAGGCUCUGGAGGAAAAUGAACAUUUUGAUCUCUUGGUGGAGGUGUCAGUAGACAACGUCGGCCACUUGUUCCUUGCAAUGGGCAACCCGGUGGCGCUCCGCCAGUCCGUGGCUGACGUCAUAUUCCACAUCAUGGCUUCGCUGCGGGAAUCCGCCGAAGCUCUGGACAGAAUCUCCCCGCACGUCGGCACCGUGCUAGUGAACCUAGCCGCUGACAGCGGCCAGUGGAGUCGACAGAUCCUCCAGGACGUGGUGGACAUACUCACGGCGAUGGUAGAUGGACGCAUGGAAGUACUCAAAGGCGACGCUCAGGACAUGUUCAAAGAAAAACACGCAGAUCUGAUGUCGUGCCUGGAGCGGCACAUGGCUUCCCGCGACUGCCGGUUCCUGCAGCGACCGCCGUGGCGAGCGCGCGACGUGUGCCUCUCGAGCGUCAACUCGCACGCGCCCAUGCGUAAGGUCGGCCUGCUCAACCUCGGCAACACCUGCUAUAUGAAUAGCGUCAUGCAGGCGCUGCUCGUCACUAGACCUUUCAGUACCCACACAGUUUUGAAGAUGAACGCGGUGCCAUAUUGGUCAAAGAUGGGGAUGCUAUUCGCCAAAAUGAUGCAUUCGAUCAGCACCAAACUGAACCCCGAUGAAUUCUUCUCUGUGGUGAAACCACCGUUCUUUACUAAGGACAACCAACAUGAUAGCUCUGAAUUUCUAGGGUACCUAUUCGAGUUGCUGCAGUCUCACGAGCACGGGUCAGACCGCAACUUCGACUACACGCGGCCGCCCAUCAUCGUCGGCCGCAGAGCCCUCCCACACGGUCCGCAUUCACCACCACACUCUAGUGACGGUGAACAUUCAGAACCGGGCCCGAACCGCCGGUCCGUGUCGCCGCGGCCCGGGAGCAGCGCAGCCGGUUCCAGCUCAGGUCUCAAACGGCAUGGCGACCCCGAAACGCACUUGCCUCUGAAGAAGCGCUUGCGCAUGACCGAGUCGGCGUUCCUGCGGCGGGACUCGUUCAUCGACAGCAUGUUCGGUGGCGUGCUGCUUACGCGCGUCGAGUGCACCGAGUGCCACUCGUCCUCGCUGUCCCGCGACGUGUUCCGGGACCUGCAGCUGGCGUUCCCCGAGAAGCUAGAAGGCACCCAGCACAGCGUGCAGAGCUUGCUAGAGUUCUACUGCUCCAAGGAGCGCUUGUCCGGCGACAAUAGAUACGAGUGCCGCGACUGUGGGGGCCUGCGCGAUGCCGAGAGGAGCGUGCUAAUCGAAACUACGCCCAAGUUUCUCAUUCUGGUGCUAAAGAAUUUCAAAUUUGAGCCGAAAUUGCAAGUUCAAACCAAAUUAAUGCUCUCGAUUCACCACAACCACACGGUGACGUUGCCGACGGUGCGCUCCCAGGCCGACCAUUCCGCAUACAUAUUGUACGCUGCCGUUAUUCACGCCGGGACCACGCUCGACUCCGGGCACUACUACACCCUAGCUAAAGACAAUGGACAGUGGCACAUGUAUAACGACGACGUCGUGUCGGCCGCCGAAGAGGGUCAGUUGAGCGGCUUGAAUCGUUCUAGCACGCCCUACAUCUUGUUCUACCGACGCACUGACAUCGACGAGGGCACCGCGCCCUCGCUGGAGGAGAUGCCACCCAAGGUGCAGGAGUCGGUCAUGGCUCACAACAAACACUAUGUAGAAACGGUUCGCAAAAUGCGGCUGACGAGGCCAUGACGUCUCCGGUCGGACAAGUACAUUGAUUUCACUGUACUGGACUACGUCGAUCCCGAGCAAUAAGGACACAUUGUUCCAUAUCAAAAAGUGACAUAAUUAACGCUGCAAGGAAACGCGACAAAGUUUAGUUUAUGAUAGACUAUUAGUUCGUUUUUACUAUUAGCCAUGCACGACGCGUACAUCAAGUGAAGUGAAUUAACUUAUAAGAUUUUGACAGACUAUAUAAAAUCUAAGUAUAUUUUGUUUAUCAUGCACAUACAUCCGUUUUGUGAUAUAGUUUUUGAUCUGGAUUGAAGAUGUGAGUGAGAUAUUUUCCGAUAGGAACUAAUAUAUUCAUUAUAAAAUAAUAGUGACAUCAAUGUUUCAGUCCCGUUUUUUCAUGCGACGGAGUUUGGCAUGAGAUGUCCUAUACGCGUACCUCCACUCACCAAGAAACAAACCCACCUAGUAUAUUAUUGUUCAUCAGUUUAUCACUGACGUCAAGCUUACGUGAAACCAAUCUCAAUCUGAACGUCUUUCCGGUGUGUUUACGCUUACAUUUGAAUGAACAAUUUAGUUAUUGUUUUUGCACUAGAAAGAAACGUAUGCUUUCGUCGGCAAUAAACUACUUUAUGACAGGUUGGCUGUAGCAGCUAGAAUCACUAUAUCAAUGUUAGUAUGUUCACAAGGCUGCUUUUAAGUAUCAAUCCGAGUUCCUAACGCGGUACACCUAUAAGUACAACUUAUAAAAUUAUAUUAUUAUAAUAACUUAGCGUUCAAAAUGUAUGCGUUCCUAAGUAAACAGUACAUUAUGAUACGUGUGUGCUUUGUUGCUCACGUUACCUAAGGCGGUAUUUCUCUCGAUCGUGCGCAAUAAGCGAAGAGAGAUAGUGAGUACUUCAACACAAUUGAGAGGAAAAUAUAGACUUGUAGACGGUUUUAUUUAAAGUCCGUUAAUUUCAAAGGUGCAUUCCUGAGCUUAAAUUAAGUAAUUUUCUCAAAGAAACCGGUUUUCUAAUAACUCCACUUUGGAAAUAUUCGUAAUGAUUUUUUAUUGUACUAUAAUUAGAAAUUAGACAUAUAGCCCAUCUUUGUCUAAAAAUUAAAAAAAAUAUUCGUUGGGUUAGGUUUGAAAAUGCUUCGUCUGCAUACUUAAAAUUUGCAAUGAGGUAAAGUUUGAAGCAGUUUAUAACAACAAUAACAACUCAUUAGCUGAUGUUGAUUGAUUGCAAUCCCAGGGAAAUCGAGGGAAGGGAUUAAAAUAUUAUAGACAAGUAUAUAGUGAUCAGGAUUUUUUUACAGUAACUCAUGAGAAUUGUCCUGGAAAUUGACACUUCGUCAAGUGCUGACGGCCAAUGAUGAACGAACUAUACAACGGUGGCAUACUGGUUUGUUAAAUCGGUACUUUUUUUUGGUUAAUGUAAAAGGUGGACAUAACGACUGUAAAGUAAAAACACACUUGUUUAUUAUCUUAAUUUUGAGUCUAAUAGCGGCGAUACACGGACCUAAAUCGGAAACUUAAACUUGACUUUAACAAGUGCUACCCCCUACAGUGCACGCAUGCUCCCUUGCGCGUUGUAGGUUCUGUCAUCUUGUGGCCUAAAUGGGAAACUUAAACUUGACAUUUACACUUUGCGCCAAUAAUCAAGGGGCUCCUGUGAUGCCCCAGCAGUUCAUGCACGCUUCCUAUAAGAACAAUGAUACGACCAAGUGUGUUGAAAAUUAUAGACAUGGGUAUCACACAAUUGAUAAACUUCAGCAUUGUUCUAUGGUUUUUGUUACAUAUCUUUGGGUGACGUAUAGGGAGCGUGCAUGAACUGUAGGGGGCAGCACAUAUGAGCGCCUUAUUUAUUGGCGCGAAGUAUAAAUGUCCAGUAUAAGCUUCCAUUGUAGCCCACAAGAUGGCAGAACCUCCUACGCAGAAGAACACAUACGAAGCUGUAGAGGGCAGCACUUGCGUUGACCUGAAGUGCCAAUGUAAAGUUUAUGUUUUCGAUUCAGGCAAAAAAUGGCAGACCCGCCAACGCGCACGGUACCUAUCUGUAUCUUACGCUGCACUUAACGUCAGUAACGUUAGUGACACUUUGACUAUUGUAUCUGUUGGUUAUCAACUGAAAGUGUUUCAAUACCACCCAAAAAAUAUUAUGUAAAUUCCUAAUAUCACUUCUGACGUUCCCUGUAUGGUUUAUUAUGUUUACGACGGAAGUAUACCACGUCAUCCACCAUACAAAAAUAGAAAACGUUUUUCCACUUCUAAAUAUUUUCCAUUCUCCAUGAUUUUUAGGGUUCCGUAGCCAAAUGGCAAAAAACGGAACCCUUAUGGAUUCGUCAUGUCCGUCUGUCUGUCCGUUUAUGUCACAGCCACUUUUUUCCGAAACUAUAUGAGCUAUACUGUUCAAACUUGGUAAGUAGAUGUAUUCUAUGAACCGCAUUAAGAUUUUCAUACAAAAAUAGAAAAAAACAACAAAUUUUGGGGGUUCCCCGUACUUCGAACUGAAACUCAAAAAAAUUUUUUUUCAUCAAACCCAUACGUGUGGAACAGAUACCCCACUAGAAAAACUAGGUAUAUAGGUUUUCUAUUUUUUCAAAUUUGCCAAACAAAAAAAAAUUAAAAGCGAAACCUAUAAACCUAGAAUAUAUUAUGCUGAAGCGACAAAAUCAGAGUGAUUUGUUAAGUGGAAAACGUUUUCUCCUGAAAUUCAAUUUCAUAGAAAAAAUACCGUCAUUUCGCUAGGAUCGCAAAGCUAUUCUUCCCUCUUAAGGUUCUGAACUUGCAAUUUAAAAAAAACUAGGUUAAAUGGAUGUUCCCUUCAAGGGAAAAUUGUUUGCAACGGCGGUCGCCGAUGCUCUAGCCACUGCCUUAUUCUAUUAUUCAUACACAUAACAUUCUGUACAUGCAUGCUUUGAAAAUGUACAACACGUUGUUAGCACAAGAGCUGGACUUUUUGUGCGCAAAUAAACUAACGUAAUGUUUUCCAUGUAAAAAUAACUUAUUCAUAAAAAUUGGGAUGAUUUCGUUUUUUGUAUGUAAAUACUAUGUGUACAAAUAUUUCUAUAAAUGACGAUAUUCGAUGACGAAUGUUAAUGAUCAUAUAAAUGCUCACAUGAUAAUCAAAAUAGUCGUUAUUUGUUGUUGGCAUGCAUAUUGAACAAGGAUAUAACCUUGUGCUAUAUUUUUUAACGGGGAGAUAGACUCGUAUUUACAAAAGUCUUGACUAGUGAUCACAAAUUUCGUUGUUUACUUUUAUCUGAUACUAUAAAAUAGCCGGUUGGCCAUCAAUAAAAUGAUACUGAGUUGUAAAUUGAGGCAUUACUGAAGGCCUACCGCGAACCACAUUCGACGUGUUGUCUCUCUGUCGCACUUAUAAAUUCGUGCGUAAGUGUGACAGGGAGGCAACACGAUGACCGCGGUUCGCAGUAGGCCAUCUGAUGCGCGGCAAUCACGUCUGCUCCUUGUCCAAGUGAUUCCUUAGUGUGUUUCCUAUAACAUGAGCAAAUAAUUAAAGCAUAUAUUGUACUCUUCAAACGAAAACACUUUUGUUCAAUAUUUUUUCAUACAAAAUAAAUAUUGUCUUCAAUGUACGCCAUCAUCGUUGUAAUUGACGUUAAUUGUCAUGCUUUAAACAUGAUAAAAUUCGCAAUACAUUGCGUCGUAGAAUAAACUUUAAAGUGUAAUAAAAAUCUAAACAAGCAAUUUUUAAAAGUCGCUGUACAAAUGUUGGUCAGUUUUAGGUGACAGCCUACAGUUUAAUUUAUUGCUCCUGUUAUAGGCAACACCCGGUAUAUAUCACACAAGAAAUCUUAAUCAAUUUUAUUUUUUUAACGUUUUGCUUUAAAUUUAUUACAAAACUAGAAUAAUUCUUGGGCUUAAGUCACGCUGCUACGAGAUGGGAAUGUUUCUAUGCUCUCUAAAUUUUUAUCUUGGCUAGACUGAAAUUGAGUCAUGAAGAUCACGAUGUCUAAAAAUUCUAUGUAAAUAAGUAAACAAGGUGUUUCCGUCAUUUAGGUUAUAUUUAUAUUUAAAAGUUGCUAUAAAAUUAUAAUCACAUGUGUACAGGUAAAUUACUUCUGCCGUAUAUAUAUACUACGGUAAAUCUUGUACAGAACGCACGGUUGCAUUUUUAUCACUUGUCACGUUCUAAUAAAUAUGUAAGUGCGAAAGUGACAGGCAUAGUGACAAGUGAUAAACAUGCGACCGUGCUACAGCCGCAGCACUCUUUAUUUGUCGAUAAAAUGACUGCUAUUAUAGUCUGUGAGAUCUAAGUUCACAUAUUUGACAGUUAUCCAUUGAAGUUUGUAGUGGUAGCAGGCUAAGACGUAUCGUUUGUCAAAUCUAGCGAUUAUAAACAAAUUAUUCGAAUCGAUUUUGCAUCCGAUUUUUGCAUGUUUGUAUUAUUUGUUUGUAAUGUUUUGUUUGUAUUAUUAAUUAACCUUUUUUACAAAAUUAAAAUGUGUUUACAUCGUAUUUAAUUUUAUUAUCAUUUUGUUUUUGUUUUAAAUGUAUCGCUUAUUAUUAUAUUAUCGAUUUGUAUCAACUUGUGCAAAAAGUCAUUUAAAAAGUCAUGCGCGUUUACGUUCUACAGGCGUUGUCAUGUUCAAAUGUGUGACCUUAGAUCUCACAAACUAUAGUGAGAUCAAAAUCAACUCGUAAUUAGCGCGGCAGGGCUUGGCGCCCCUGUCUAUAGGAUCCUAAGUAUUGUCAGGAAUAUUCAUACAAUACAUAUACUCUUUAAUUGCACACCUCAAUACAGAAACAAUGCAAAGAAUACAGACAACAGGCGGUCUUAUCGCUAAAAAGCGAUCUUUUCCAGUCAACCGGACCAGUUUCCAGUGAAUAUUCUGCAACUGUUGUUUUAUUUUUGACUUCUAUGCAAAGAGCUACAAACCAAUAUUUACUUUGAUUUUAUUCAUAAUUUUAGGUGUUUGCUGCUGUCUUAGAAAAAAUAUUGUGUGCAACGUUACAAAUUUAAGGCUUAAAAUUCUCGGGCCUCGCAAAAAAAAAAAAAAAAAAACAAUAUACACGGACCCCAAUUAUAGUGAUGUGAGAACCGGACGAAAAUUUUUGUAUGGGGAAUGAAAUUUUUAUGGUCCAAAAUGAAGACUUAUCUUACUUUUUUGUAAAAUUUUCCCAGUUUUUGGAAGCUUCCACAACUUGCACUUUUGCACUAAUCUCGGCGUAAACAUCAUCUUGUCGUUCAAGUGGGCUCAUGUCGCUCUGAUAUUUGUACUUGUAAAAAGAAGAUAAAACAUUAUACAACAAUAAUGGGUAUGUUAAGUUUUGUGAAUAAGCGGGUGUCUAUUUGAAAAAAAGUUGUGAUUGUAGAGUAUUUUGGAUUAUAUAAAAAUGCUGCUUGAUCCGAGGUAAGUUCAAGGCUCUGAAACGUGUACAGUGUAUAUAAAUCUAUAUAUCUAUAAUUACAUUAUAUGUGCAUUAUUAUCUGUACGUAAUUAUAUUUAUAAAACAAAAAUGUAGUGCAUUUUAACAGUAUUAUUAAAUGUUCAGGAUAUUAACAAUAUUUAUAAUCUGCGCAGCACCAAGUGACUACAAGUACCGUCAACCGGGGUGAAUACAGACGGCUGGGGUGCAUAUCGACAAAACUUAAAAUGUGAUUUACCUGAUAAUUUCUUAAUAACUACCAAAAUAAAUUGUCUCAUACAAAUUCGACUAUUAUUUUCAAUCGAUUGAUACAAUUGGCGUGGGUAGUUAUCCCGGUGGACGGUAAUGUAAAGAUAUAGUUAAGUUUCCUGUGCUUUGAUUAGAGAUCAAUGUUGGUCUUUGUAUAAUACUCUAUUUGAGCCACACUUUCACAUAAUGGCCACUAAAACAAAAUAGGUACUUAUUUUCUUGAGUGACUCUUCCAAUAAACAGCUGACAGAAUUUGAGUGUACUCCAACAAAAUAAAUACAACGUAACUUCUGGCACGUCUCAACAAAAACGACCUUUUCCUAGUUCUAACAUAAGCAAUGGUAACUAUUAAAUGUAUAUAAAACUAUAAUUAAGUGUGGUCAUUCAUUAACUUUAGUACAACGGCCUACUGUAUUAUCUCAUACCGAUUUUGGUGUUCAGUAUAUGUUUUUCUCGUUGUUUUAAUACCUGUCAUUGUGGAGUUGAAACCUUCCCGUUGACUGUUUAACGCCAUCAUGUCGCCAGCUUUUGUCGCAUUUAAUUUCACACAUGUGACAUGCCUGUACAUGUCAGUCUUACCAUUUGAAUCAGGUGGCACAGUCGCAUAUAACGCAAAUAUUGGCGUCCCAAACAUUUAUAGUCGUAUGAUAUAGUAGAAAAAAGUUUUAUUUUAGAAUACACAAAAAAGACCAUAAGCUAUUAGUUUUGAAUUAUAUAAUGAAAAACUAGAACAUAUCUAGCAUUAAAAGCAAAUGCUAUAAUAUAACAAAAUGCUUACUUUCUUUAACUUCGCGUAACUUGCUUCUGACCGUUUGCUAUACACUUAAGACAACUUUCAAGUCGAAUCUCUUUAAUUACUUUUGGAUUUUCAUUGUUAAUUUUAUUUAAUUAAUAUACCAUAAACUAUAGCUAUUGUCUUAAUCUGGUUUUCAAAAAUAAAACUUCUCAAUACUUUAAGCCAACUCGUUAAUACGAAUGUGGGUUAAUGAAACGAACGAAGCAGGGAUCGGAAACCGGUAUUUUUUGUAUGGGAACGAAAACGGUAUUUUUUCGUUCUUUGUUAAUUAUUUCAUUUUUAAUUGGGCAAUCUAAUAAUACGAAGUCGUUAUCUAAAAACACAACCGAGUCCUAUAUUUGGAGUAUAAAAUAAACCGAAAUAUAUGUUUAUUUCAAAGUUUUUCCAAAAAACCGGUUCUGAUUCCUGGAACGAAGUGAGGGAGUGGAUCACACGAGUGGUUUAAUGCCUAAUUAUGUGCAGUUACUUAGUCAGGUCAUAAGUUCUGUCACAAAGGUUUUGACUGAUAAAAUGUAAUACAAAGCAUUUAAUAAAAAAAGUUUGCCAUGAUUUGAAAGCUUGUUUCACACUGAUCAAAACGUAAUAUAAUUAGUUUACAAUUUAGAUCGCGUCUUUAUUUACUACUUGUUUACUUUGGGAUUGUCGUUUGGUGCGAAUACGCGUCGGGAUUGUGAAAAAUUAUACUUUACAAAAGGGAGUAAAAUUCAGUGUCACAUUAAUAAAAUAGGUACAAUUGUUUAUUUGUAUGAACCUACAUUGUUAUUUUAUCACCAGCAUUUAGUUCUCCGACGAGUUUUUCCUUCAACUAAUGCCCUUCAAACUUAGGGUACUUUUCAGUAACACACUAAUUUUUAACUGCCAUUCAACGAGUAGGUUUGGUAAAACACGUACAGUUGCAAUUUUGCCAAUGAAUUAUGUAUUUUAAGAUGGAUAAAGGAUCCAGCUUUUGUUUCAUGUAAUAUUCAUUCAUUUAAAAAAGAAAAGUAAAUAAAUAGGGUUCAAAAUCACCUUGAACACGCCGCGUACUUAUUGCAUGUUUUUUAUACCAUUUUUCCGAAUAUUACAUAAAAUUAUGCAAAACUGAGACAGAGAAUUACGUUAAAUUAUAUUGUUAGUAAUGCAGCAUUAAAUAAGCUUUCAACUCAUAUAUAUCAAUAAUGGGGGAUCUGUAACUAUAGCUUUUUUAUCAGUCAAAACCUUUUUGACAGAACUUAUGACCACUAAGUACUUACAUACACUAUUUUAUCUACACACAUAUUAUAAGUUGUAUGAUAUAUGCACUAAUCGCAUAUUACAGCCGGCUACCUUGGUCUCUCGCGGAACUCGCGAAAAUAGGUUGCCAGGUCCAGCCGACCCUAUCCCCCCCCUUUUCGGGGGUAGGCACGGUACGAUCUCGUGGCUACUGGGCCAAAUCGGCUUUGUUUGACCAUAUGAACAAUCGUGCCAAGCGCCAUUGCCUGAGACAACUGCAAACUCACUGCACUUAUACCAAAGAGAAUUUGAAAUAGAGGUGGAUUGUCAAAAAAAAAACUUUGUAGGCGAAGUAUAUUUACUGUGUCAAAAACAUAUGAUUAUGACACACACACUUAUAUGUGUUUAAUUUGUUAAAUAUUAAAAAGUGGCGCAAUCUAAUAGAUUAAAGGCCAAAGGUCCGGUGGCAUCGUUUCAAGCGACCUUUGGGUUAUACCCGGUAAGAUGGCGCCACUUUUUGAUAUUUAAUAAAUUUAAUACAUGAAGUCAAAUGGCGUUCUAAAAGUUUUAAUCAUGUGUCGAAAGAUGGCAGUAAACUUACUGUGACUACAAAUCUAAACAAAAAAAACGUAAUUUUCGCGGUUAUUUCGAUUUUUGAUAAAGUUGCAUGCAGCGCUCAUGUCUGCAAACAAGUCUGCAAAAAUCAGAACUACCAGAUUUAACGCCAACGCUAAUGUACAAUGUUUCUGGAAUUAGAGAUAUUCUAAAAAUGAAUGCCAUAAGAAAAUCGAUAUCAAUGUUAUUAAGGAGUGGUUCAGUAAAAAGGUAGUAGUGAAUUAUCUGUAUAUUUUUUGUCUUUUAUUAUGGAGCAUUAUUUAGUUUUUAGUGAUCCAAAAUAAUAUAAAAUAAAAAUAUAAUCAUAUCGAAAUUUAUGACAUUGUUUGAGUCUUCUCGUUGUUAUUGCAAUGUACUUGGUAACUUUUGACAACACAAUUUUAAAUUCUUCACUUGCCGUUUUCUACAGUGCCACAAUUGAAUUGUCAUUACGAUUGGUUUUAAGCUUUUAGGAAUAUCAUCUUACGAAUAAGUUAAACCAAACUGUACCCAGGAUAAACUGGAUUUUGCUUUGGGUAGACAGGAAGUCACUCCAAUCUAACCUCUGACAGAGGUUUUUCUAUAGGAGACUAAUUUCUGUAAGAAUGGCAAAUACACAAAAGUGGAAAUUCCAUGUACCUCAAAGUGAAGUCAAAUCAAAAAGUUGAGUAUUGAACAAAUGACAGUUUAAUAAAGUAUAAAGUAGCUCAUCAAACUUUAAAGAAAAAACUAUGUUAACUAAGACGCUGUGCAUAAUAUAAAAGCCGAUAACUUGAAAUCGCCCUUUCAUUUUAAUACGAUUGUAUUUUAUUUAUUUAGAAUAGUCUCUACAGAUUACGAUAAAAAAACGCACUGCUUAAAGAUUAACACAAAAUAUAAUGAAAAAUCUACAUAAUGUGCUGGUACUUUUUUCCGAACCUCUCAAACUCAUUACAUUUUCAAAGAUAGGUAUAUUAAAUUUCUUGUAACAAAACAAUCUUAGCGCUGCCCGUUAUUUGCGGUUUUUAAAUGAAUCAUAGACGGUGUAUGAUGUGUUUGGAUAAAAUCUUUAAUGUUUUUUAUAACAUACAUAAAAACAUUUUGAUUACUUGACACGAAUUAUUGUUAUUGUUAAUUUCUUAAUGUUUGCGGCGUUAGUGCCGUCUAAGGGCGUUUCCACCAGAGAUGUGCUGCGCUAGGUUGCUAUGGAUGUGUUGAUAUCCACUAAUCAUGGUCAUUGGUCCACACAGAUUAUCACUUGUGGAAACGGGUUCAACUAAGCUAUGAUUUAACAUGAUUGGAUAUCAACCACAUCCGUGGUGGACAGCCACCCUAAGAAGUUUAAUUAUGUGGCUGCGCUCUCGAUAGCUUAGGUUAACAGCGUUGGCUCCAGUACGCCGAGGAUAUUCAAGUCCCACUAAGUCAAUGUUUAUUAUUUAUACUCUAUUUUUUUAAUAUCCUCGGAAGUUUUGUGCAGUGCAGACCGAAAACGUCUAUAUUGAUUUUAUAACAACGUCGAUUUUCAUACGAUUAAACCCAAAUCCUUUUGAUAUUUUAUGAAAACAAAAUUUAAUUCAUACAAAGUACUUAUUCAGCAUAAAUUUAAAGUUUUUUUAGGUCUCAGUGAUAGUGGAUAUGCAAACUACUCGCUAGAGGCGUGUUAUAGUUGCGCUUAUCGCAUUUGACAUGACAUUAUAUUAAAUAUGUAUAGAGCUCGUGGCUCGUGUAUUUGUCGUAUUGUCGUUAGAAAGAAAUUUACUUAAUAUCAUGACAUGUCAGUGCGACCACAAUACAGCACCUGAAUUUGCGGUACGCACAAUCGCCAUCAUAUAUAUAGGAACGAUCAGAAGUUCACAAAUAUCUGAACAAAGCUUCUAUUAUCAAGAUGUUAAAGUGCUUUUGCAGAUAUUACUUAGACCUUACCGCUAUAUACAUACACGUAUAUCUGAUGGGGACUGUACAUGUAGGCAAUGGAUAGGUUAAUUUCACAUUUUUAGUAACAAUUGAAAAAAUACCUUGCUAACAAUUAGUUCACUAAGUUAAGAGGAUAUCUAACGACAGAUUCCCCAGACAAACGUGGACUACGUUCUCUGCUCUGGAUAUUAACAAUAAAGAAAAUAUUUGAGGAAAAUGGGGACGACUUUGUUUGGAAAAACGGUCGCACGCGGACGUCCACUUUUCCUUUAGUAAAGUGGUAACGUGUUUUUUGAUUAAUUUAAACUUUACUGACGUUCUUUACGAAAUUGAUAUUGUGAUAUAUAUCAUAAAAGUAAAUUAAUUGAUUAAUAUUUCACCAGAGACAGGUAAACACGUUAUAAUUUUAACCACGGAAUCGUUUUUACACAGACUUUGUACGUCUUACGUUUACUUAUACAAAUGUUUCGCGUUUCUUUAUGUAAAUAAAGUUAUAGCAUUUAAGUAUUUUAAAUGAUUAAUAUUAGCAUACUUGUAGUUUAACUAGUUAUAUUUAUUUGAAUUGUAAUUCGACAAAUUAUCUCCAUAUAUUAUAAUAUUCAUUAUAUGUAUUUAGAUAACACAUUGUGAAAUCAACUUUGGAUUAAAAAUAAAUGUUUUUAAAGCCUG